AUGAAAAUACAAAGCGAUUGAUUGUCAUUUUCUCUUUACCAACGAAGGAGAAGAAAUGGAAAUGAGUGCGAAGGCAAUGGAGAGACAGAAAUAUCAACAGAAAAUUCUGUAAAAAUGGCAUGUUUACAAGCGGGAACCGUUCUUUCCGCGACCGUAGAACAAGUCUUAGAAAAUUGCCUUCUUGUUUGUGUAAAGUACAGGUCAAGAAUAUUUAGAGGAGUGCUUUUCGACGAAAAGAACGCAGUCGUCUGGAGAACAUCGCUUGAUGGGAAAACAAGUCAUGAGUCCAUGAAAGAGAAACUUUCUGGAGGAGGUAGUGUUGGUGAUGGCGCUUCGAGGUGGUCAACAAGACAAGCCAGCCUAUUCUACAGACGACAGAACAAUAAAUCGUAUCCUUGUAGAAGGAUUCCAAGCUCAUUUGGUGGCCCAAAAGUUCUUACUGAUGCGGAUUUAGCCAAGGAAAGUCAGGAGAGGUUUCCAAACAUGGUGGAGAAAUUGAACACUACAACCAAAAAACCAUCUUCCUCAUGUGAUCAAACAAGGAAGCAAGGGCUGCUUAUGAAAGCCAAGGAAAAUCCUAGACGAAAGACUAGUUUGUCAAGCCAGGGGAAUAUCAAGCGUUCUAAAUCUGAAGCUAACCUGAAGAGGAAGUCCUUAAAUCCAGACAGCUGUAGCAGACCUUCUAAAAGACAACCAGACACUGUGAGGGUUGUAAGCAAGGGUGUCCCUAAAAACGCUGAUAAGAAGCUCUCUAAGGAGGAUUGCAAAAGCCCACUGAAAACUGAAGUAAGCAACGGUAGUGCACUAUCCCAUGGACCAAAGUAUUCACCCACAAAGAGUAUUUCUUCAACGCAUUAUAAAGUUCUCAUGACAAGACCAUGUUCUGUUCCAGUUGUACCAGUUAGUACGGCAUCAAAUACUGGACUGCAAAAACAUGGUACUGUCUUGGUACUUAAAAAGGUUGGUGUGUCCACUAGUGUUGGAAUGAACAUGUUAUCUUCCAGCGAAAGCUUGGAGUCAUUAGUGCCUAGUUUGACCUAUAAAAAUGUCAACUGGGGUAAUGAUGACAAAGAUGACCAGAAUCAAGAGAAACAGCCUGAUUUAGGGUUAAAUCAGAAGACUGGAGUGAGCAAAAACAAGGACAAAGCCACAUCUGACAGAACUGUUUCAGUCAAAGAAGUAAGUGUUACUAAUAUGGUAGCUGAUGACUUUGAAAGUGGCUUAGCUAAACUGGACAUAACUAAACAGGACAUCAUGUCAGGUGCGAAUACAUUUGAUAUCAAUCCUCCAUGUGAAUUUCUUGUGGAGGGUUUGGAGACAAAAAGGAAAAAUGAGAACAGUGUCUCAAGUGAUCAUGAGGAAACACUAGAAGCUACACAGGAAUCAAAGUCUGAAAACGUCACGAUCAAAAGGUCGGCAAGAAUAAGUGAGAGAAGGGCAAACAGUGGGCAACCUCAACUUAAGACUGAAAAUGUGAGAUGUGAAAAAUUUCCUCCAGAAUCUAAUGUGGCAAAAGUUGUUGGCUCAGAUUACACUGGAGUGAAUUCUGUUUCUAAACCUUUGACUCAUGAUACUUCAAGCCAACCAGAAAAAAGGGAAUUGUCAGCCUCAAUUUUGACCCAGCCAAACCCUGUAAAGUCCCAAAGUACCAGGACAUCAAUCAAAUACACACAAAGAAUGUCCUGGAGAAUUCAGCCUCAAGUUGCACCUGUCAACAAUAUCAACUCAAUAGGUGUUGGUGAUAUUGUGUGGGGCAAAGUUCAUGGGCAUCCUUGGUGGCCAGGGAGGGUGUUGGCCAUCAGCGGGAUCAGGAAUGAGGAGACCAACAAUCCGUGGGACAGGGAUGCACAUGUUUCCUGGUAUGGUUCCAACACCAGCUCCAUUAUGCAUUUACACGCUCUUCAGUUAUUUCUACCCAACUUUGCUAAGCGGCACAAGAGGAAUAAGAAAGGAUUUUACAGAGUUGCUGUUCGACAGGCACAAGAAGCCUUGCAGGCCAUGUCUGGCACUGAAUGACAAUUAACUUCCAUUUGCAAAACUGCAACAUACUGGUAAAUGUUUCCUUGGUCUGCUGUUCACUGGGUGAAAUUUAGUAAGAGCUCUAGGGUGCAUCACUGGGCAAAUGAUCUGCAAACCGCUGAUAGCACUUUGAAUCCCAACUUUUUAUAUCUAAUUAUAUUUUGUUAAUUACUUACUCUUUAAAUUUAUACUUGCCAAGUAAGAUCUGUUUUGUUUUCUUUAUGUACUAAUUACUAUUGCAUUAUUUUGAUAAAUGCUUCCUAGUGUUGCUCAGAUAGCUAACACGGGGUGUUUACCCCACUUUGUGCUUGAACAGUCAGAGUUCCCAUUAAUGCACAGGUGUACAUCUUAUAUGCACAAAAAAUGAAAAGGAUGUACACUGUUUUGGCAAAAAUGCAUUCUUGGGAUGCAGGAAAAAAGUUGCAAACUUUUUAGUAAAUAGGCAAAGGACCCCUGAAAAGCAAAAAGAACCCCCAACUCUUUUGAACUGGGGGUCCCAAAGACCCUUAACUAUCAAAACUAGUGGGAACUCUGACAGUAAAUGAGAGGCUUUACAGGGCAUAACCAACUUACAUUGACUUUUGUAUUUGUUUUUAAUUCAUUUAGAUUACUCAGAUAUUUUAACUUUUGUUUACAUGUGGUCUUUGAUUCUAAAAACAUCAUUAUCAGGGCUAUAUUUUUUUCUGGUUUUGGUCUUCACUUUGUAGAAAACAAACCAAAACUGACCUUAACAUCAACAAAAUGUCAUUACCCCCCUCCACCACAAUUCCAGGCCUUUGAUUACAACAACCACCCCCCCUAAAUUUGUAUCUACUGUGACGCAGUAUUUUGCUGCAUUUUUCAUGUGCAACUCAGUCACCGUGCAGUGAUUUAGAUUACUAGUUAAAAGGUCAUUUAAGUUCAAAGUUUAUGAUGUAAUAUUGUAAUUAUUUCAACUGGCUGUUAUUUGCAACUGUCAUCUGUAAAAGUUGAUCUCGUUGAUCUUGUCAUCUAUUACUGUGCAAGUCAGUCAUGAUCAGGCAACGGUACCCAAGUCAUUUCAACUAUCAACUGAAAUUUCCGUGCACAGUAUUGAUACUUAAUUAACAGUCAGAACAGGUCAUAUAAGGGAGUGAAAGUGCCUUGAUAUCAAGUACAGCAGUCAAACAUCCGCUAACAGACACCUCCUGUAGGCGGACACUUAGUAAUAGACCCAGCCACAAACAAACAUGGCACUCUUAUCCUUCCGUAAGCAGACACCUCUCUUAAGCGGACACUUUUUCUUGUCCUGAGGGUGUUUGUUUACCAUUGUUUCGAUUUUAGUUUCAAAAUAUUUAUUCUAACUGACAUCCUGGUUAGAACUAUUUGAAACAAACACCAGUAUUGCAUCACUUGCCAAUGUUACCCUCAAAUAUGUUGGGUAAUUUUUUUAGAAAAUUUGUCUCAACAGUUCUGUCCAGGAUUGAAGUAGAGUAACUAUAAGACAUUUGUGGAUAGAUUAAAGAGAAUUUAUAUACUGACUUGAUGUGCAAGGGCGAGAGGAAUACUGUGAGUGAACAAGAUCUGAUGUCAUGUAAAUAUGUAAAAGUUUUUGUCUAAUACUGUGUUCAUUUACACUAUCAUUGAAAAAUGUUUAGAGUUAACCUGUUACAUGAGCAACAUGUUUCUCCUAAACUUGUUUGUCACUGCAGAGUGUAGCUUGGAAUUGCUGUUACAUUAUUCUAAUUUUAGUGACAAACCCUUUGAGCACUUUCUUUCUUUUGCUGUUGGCUGCAAUGUUAACUGUUUUUGUCCAUGAGGUUGUUCAAUCAUGCUCAAAAUAACCAUGAUUUGCACAAUUCACCAUCCAAUACAAAUACUUCUCAAAGAGAAAGAAGUUUCAUAAUAAGACUAAACAUGUUUCAGUCUGGUGUGAACACAGUAUCACUGUUAAAUAACGAUCAACAUCAUUAUUAUCCUUGUAGCACCAUGAGGUUUUUUAGAAAGGAUGACAAAUUAAAAAUACUUGUAGGAAUCUUACCACUGACUGAAAGUAAGUUAAUUUAUAUUCAUUAUUUGAAAAGGAAAGUUUUUCCCUAAAGAAUUGCAGAUUAAGUAUGUUCAGGCCAAAUUAGUGAAUUCUUGUUAGAUGGCCUUGUUGAAUUUAUAAGCAAAUGAGCCAUAGGCUUAAAUUAAGUUAUUUUAAAUAUUUAGAUAAAGAUCAGAUUGUUAACUUUCCUCAGCAUGUAAAUUUUGUAACAAAAUGAGGAACCAUUGCUGGACAAAUAAAUUAAAGUUACUCAGAGGUUAUACUUAGUAAGUGAAGUUACACUCCACACUCAUCCUGAACAGGGCUUAACUUUGGUAAUCUGAUGAGACAUGGUUUCCUUGUGGUAUGGUGAUUCCAGGCUGAGCACAUUGUUUUAUUUCUAAGACCUCUCAAAAGAAAACAAAAAAAAGACAACUCAAAUUUCAAUGUUCACCCCUGGAAUUGACCCCAGAACCUGUGAUAAUAAAUGCCUAACUGAAGACCAGUUUUAGAUCUCAAUGGAGCAGUUGAACUGAUCUCCUUAAGGUGAUUCCUCAGUAUUGCAUUGCGCAUCCCUUCUACGUUCGAUUUUCACACCAUAAGCACAUGCAAAGAUUUCCCUGAAGCUUAGCUUGACAGCAAAAUAAAUGCUUGAUUUCUCUUAAACGAGCAUAGUGACAUAUUUUUUAUUGCAUAAUUUUGGUGUACAAAUUAUCUUCUUUAAGUUAAAAAAUUAAGAAAAAAGUUGUUUAGAAGGAAAAACAGAUAUAGCUAAAAGAGUGCACAAAACUGAAACGCAAGGAUGUGAAUUAUGACCUUGAAAACAUUUCCAGGAACGUUUUGAGUCAGUCUCAUUUAGAAUUGAGUGAUUUUGCAAAAAAUUAUAUAUUACUUUGUUCCAUGUGCCCGAUAUUUUCUACUAUCAAGAUUUUUUCAAGUAUUGCUUUAAUAACCUUUGCUUCCAGCUACCACAAAAUGCAGCUUGAACUGAUGAAAUAAGGUGUGAUUAGGUAUAAAUGGGGUAAGAUUGGCUCAUCAUGUCUCUUUAGUGAGAAUGGUGACCUAUCUUUUUUAUUGUAUUGUAGGGAACAUUCAGGGAAAGUUUCAAAUAAAUUGUUUGGCAACUUUUAUUUCUGAAGAAUCACCUUAAUGCUGUCAUACAGGCCAAUGGAUGGGCUAACCCAAGACGAAGAAGUUGUCAGAAAGUAAAUGCAAGUGGAUGGAAAAAUAAAAGAAUAGGAAAGAAAUGAGAACCUGCAAUACAAGGAUUUUAUUACUUGGUCACACACCCAAUACUAAGCUUAGCUAAAACUAAGGGUGUUUUAACAUGUUUUAUUGUUGCUAUGGUAACCUGUUAUACAAAAAGGAUGAUCGCAACCUGUUUACUAAUGAUUGGGCAUUUGCGUGAUACCAUUAUUGUAGCAUCACUUGUUAAACAGUGGUAGUAUUCAUCCUUCAAAGUAUAGCUUUUAGAAAAGUGCUUGAAACUGUUGUCAGCUUCCUUAAAGACGUUCGAGCUAAUUGUUUCUGUGCAUCCUUACUAUGCACGCAAAUUCACAUGCCACGUCAUGCAUGAGAGCACACGCUAAGUAAUAAAAUGAGCAAUGAUAGGGCAGAUGGCCAUUGCCAUAGCUUUGUCUGGAUGUAACAAUCUUGUCCAAAAAUGAACAAAAAAUCACGUGGGAAUUUGAAAAUUUUUUUAAGAUUUCUGUGCACGGGACAUUGAAUCCUGCCAUCUUGUGGCUGCAAGGCACAUGAAACUAUGGUCGUUAAAUGUGAACUUGUUCUUUAAGGAACCUCGCCAGUUGAAUAAAUUCACUUAAUAGGUCCAGUUAAACAAC